AUGAGAUUGUCCACUCAAACAUUGACUUUAGUACUUUGCGCCUCUGCUUUUGCUCAGGUGCAAAAUGAGGAGGACAGAGCAAACAUCAAAAGAGAUGCUGUUGGCCAGAAGCCUGCUGUCCAGGCUGAGGAAUUCGCCAAAAGAGGUCUUUUUGACUGGCUUACCGGUGGUGGUGGUGACGACAAGGACGACAAGGCUGACAGUGGCUCUAACCCAGCUCCUGCUGCCCCAGCUUCUUCUUCUUCUUCUUCAGCUGCCUCACCUGCUAACCAAGCUGGUAACCAGGCUGCCAACCUGGCUGCUAGCCCUGCUGCCUCUGCUGGUAACCCAGCAGCUUCGAGUCCAGCAGCUUCUAGCGCAGCUCCAGUUGCUGCUGCAGCUCAAUCGAGUUCUUCUCAGACUCCUGCUCCAGCUUCCCAAAACGCUCAACAGCAGAGCCCUGGAUCCUCCAAAUCUGCUACUACUACACAGAAGGGAUUCUUAGAUGGCUUGUUUGGUGGUGAUGAUGAUGAAUCUUCUGCCAAUGCUCAGGCAUCCCCAUCCGCUGCUAGCAGCUCUCAAAGCUCCCAAGCAUCAUCGGGAGGUGCUCGUCUCUUUGCUGGCGAGGCAUCUGCUGCUGCUGACGAGGAUGAUGGUGAUGAGGACGACUGUGAAACGGUUACAACUGACCUUCCACCACCAGCAACCACAGUGAGUCGUAUCACAGGCAACUCCAAUGCUGACUCUGCUUCCCUUACCGCAUCAUCCAACUCAGUUGCAUCUAACUCUGGUAGCAACUCAGGCAGCAACUCUGCCUCUGCAUCUGCCUCAACAACCUCGUCUGAUGGUGGAUGGUUCGAUGACAUCUUCGGCAAUGGAAGCAGCAGUGGUACUGACACAGCUAGCUCUGCUGUCGACAGCAAUGACCCUGCUGCCAUUGCCUCUGCCAUCACUGAGGAUGAUUGCGCUACUGUCGACCCAAUCAUUACUGAUGAUGAUGACGACAUCACAAUCCCCACUAGAACUGCCACUGACUCCGGAAGCAGUGCAAACGCCAAUCCUUCUGGUUCUGGAAGCGUUAUCACUUCUGUCACUGAUGACAAUGGCAGCGUUGUUGUUACUACCAAAUCUGGCGGUACCACUACCACUUGGAUCGAAGGCGACGAGGAGGAUUGCGAAAGUGACAUUGACCCAAUCCCAGGUUUGUCAACUCCUCCUCCUAACCCAACAACCAGAUCCACUGGAAGUCCUUCUCUGUCGACUGGUUCUGUUCCUAUCACUACUAAGCUUACUGUUGUCACUGAGGGAGGUAAAACAACAACUACUUGGACUACUUUGCCUGGUUCGACUACCAAGACUCACACCUCUCUUGAGUUGCUGACUGCUACUGAUGUUCUCGGUAUUGAGACCACUAUCACUAGAUCUGGCCAAUUCACAAGCACCUCUGGCGCUGCUGUCUGGAUCUGUGACGAAGAAGAAGAAUGGACUACUACUGACAUCAUUGGUGGCGGUGGUAACGGCGGUUCUGGAAACGGUGGCUCUGGUAACGGUGGUUCUGGUAACGGUGGCUCUGGAAACGGAGGUUCUGGUAACGGAGGUUCCGGCUGGGGUGACAAGCCAAGCGGCGGAAAUGGUGGAUCUGGUGGAUCUGGCGGCUCUUGCGGCUCUGGCAACGGUGGCUACGGUACUUGUGACAACGUUAACUGUGACAAUGUUGAUUGCGGUGACGAUGAUUACGACUUCUGGGACAGUGAAGACGAGGACGAUGAAUGUGAGGAGAACGGCGGUGUGCCACCUGGACACGGCGGCGGCUCCAAUGGCGGCUCCAACGGUGGUUCUGGCGGUUCCGGUGGUUCUGGCGGUGGUGAGGAGAAGACUGUUGUCUCUACUUUCACUACCAGACGUCCUUACACGACUACCAGCGCCGGCAAGGUGAUCACUGGCGCAACCGACGAGGUUGUUGUCUCCACCUACAAGACUACUGAGGAGCAUGUCGGCACCAAGACCCACAUCAGUGUCACUACUGAGGAAUGUGAGGACCAGGAUGACGAUUUCUGGGCACAGAUGGAAGGUGAGACCACCAAGUCUACCGCUUCCAGCUCUAGCUCUAGAUCUAGCUCUGGCAGUGCCACCAACACCAACAGUGCUACGAACACCAAUUCUGGCUCUGCUCCAAGCUCAUCUGCCGCAUCCUCCAGCUCUGCUUCUAGCUCAUCUGCUGCUGGCUCCGCUGCUCCUAGCUCAUCUGUUGCCAGCUCAUCUGCUGCUAACUCGUCUGCUGCCCCAACCUCGAACUCCCCAACCUCUUCUGAAGCUGCUUCCUCGUCGGAGCCAAGCUCUGCCGCUGAGGCCGGCUCUCCUGCUGGUGUCGCUGCUGAAUCAUCGUCUUCCCCUUCCCUGAGUGGAGGAUUCUUGUCUAGUUUGUUUGACAAGAGAGAGCAGCAGGUUCAGGCUCGCUCUGGAAGUGAGAAGUUGCUUCCUAGCGUGGCAGGCUUGAUGCUUGCUGUGCUUGCGGUUGCAUUGUAA